AUGAAGAUGUCUUAUUACUACACUAUUCACCUGUUUAUUCUUGUAAGUGUUUCAACAAGCCUCAAUGGAAUUUGUCAGGCUGAUCCGACAGAUGGAUUUACACGUCUUCCGCUGAACGAUGAUAAUAUAAAGCUGCAGAAACCAUAUAACGAGCCACUUGAUGAUCGUUACAGUUUUGAUGAUGGAGUUCGUAAAUUAUGGGUAUACACUAAUGACAAGCCUUACAAACAAGGGAGCCCAACCAGACCUAGGACAGAAGUUCGGAUUAAUGGUUAUGACUACUCCUCUGGAAUCUGGCAGUUCGAGGGCUAUGCAUACGUGCCAAAAGGAACUUCCGGGGUCACAAUUAUGCAAAUUCACGGUGCACGACAGGGAGCUACCACACUACAACUAAGAAUAUACAAUGGUGAUUUGAAGUACUAUAAGUUUGAUGUGAUUGAGAAAAACUUGUACGACAAAUGGUUCAGGGUAAAUGUGAUCCAUAACGUGGAUGAAGGAGAGCUGACAGUGUUCAUCAAUGGAAUCAAGAAAUAUGUGAAGAAUGAUCAAGGGCCAGGUGAUUUGUAUUUCAAAUGCGGAGUUUAUGCUGCUCCUGCUGGUUCAAGCAAGUACAUGGAGUCCAGAUGGAAAGGAAUCAAAAUCUUCAAGAAAUGAAGAACCAUGCAUACAUUAGCAUGACAACGAGGAGAAAUGAGGAGAUGAUAUUUGGCAGAUUCGGAUGUUUGCUCAACUGUGUCUUUACAUUUUAAAUGUUUUAGCUUCAAAGUAUGAUGGUUACUGCCAGGAAAUCAAUUAUGUAACAUUUAUAUACAAAAUUAUCAGUUAAUUAAGCUUGGAAGUUUGAGUUAAA